AUGGAAAAGAUCUCCCUAAACUCAGUUGGAGGAUUUUGUUCUGCAAAUAUUAUCAUCAAGAUCACAAGUAUAGGACUCUCCAUCGACAUACGAUUGGCUAAGAAGAAAGCUUAUCCAUCUAUUCAUGGAUUGAGGAUCUACAACCUCCGGCAACAAGACAAUAUUGUAGAUUGCCUUCUCCCGAUGUGGACAACAAAAUCCAUUGGAUAUGACUACUAUGCUGAAACCCUUGAGGAAUUUAGGAAGAUGAUAAAAUUAUAUUUAAUGGAACAAACAAAACUCCAACCAGUUGGAAGGAGAACUGGCUUGUGUUUGUUUGACCCCUCAAUCCAACAAUCUAAAAUGCUUCUG